AGCGGCUGUCGCGUAUUCCUCCCGAGCACCGCGCAUUUACAUCUCGUCCAUGUCAUGGGGAGCCGCGCUGCUUGCGGCCCUCUCCGCAGCUAGCCUUCCGGCGGCCAUCCAGGUAAACCCUCCUGCAGGAGGCGCAGGCGAUCGGCCUGCGCCUCCGUACCGCACCGCGGCAGCCGACCACGCCACCAAGCCCGUCGUCGUGCUGGCGAGGAGGCCCCCAGCGAAGAAGGCUCCGGCGGCGAGUGCCGAGGAGCUGGCCGAGAGAGCCGAGGAGGAGAAGGUGGCCGGCGAGGCCUGGAGGCGGGAGCUGGAGCAGAAGGAGUCGCAGGCGCUCGAUGCGAUCGAGCGCAUGGUCUCGCAGGCCGACAUCAGGGGGAAGUUGCCCGCUCCUGCUCGGGCCAGCGCUCUGGAGACCGAGGGGCACGAUGAUAAGCUCGUGAGUCCACUCUUCCGUCUGAAGGGCGACAGUCGGCAAGACUAUUGGUGCGACGACACGGCGGGCGAGCCCAUGUUUGAGGGGACUGUCAGCGACAGCUUGGCCUGCGAGGAGAAGUGCGGGGCGAACCUGAAGUGCGGCUUUUUCAGCUUCUUCGAAGGGGACAAGUACUGCCUCCUCUCUGAGGAGUGCGGCGAGAUGUCCCCGUCGAGCAGAGGGCACGUGAAGGUCUUCGCCAAGGCAGAGGGCGGCGGCGCCAGCGCGCCGCGCGACGAUGCCGGCGAGGGCGAGGCCGCGGACUACGGCCCGCAUUCGGGCAGCACGCCGAGGAGCCGCGGGGGCCGCACGGAGGAAGAUCGUUUGCUGCACAACGUCGCCUCUCGGUACCUCGACCGGACGGACGACUUUUACGACGCCGAGGCGACUUUCAAGGCCGGCCACCAGCCGCGCGGGCCGAUCGUGGACAUCGACGCGGGGAUCUUGCAGCGCAUCGUGGGCUUCGUCGUGGACCAGCUGCAGGGCGGCGCCGGCCCGGAGGGCGCGCGGCGCGAGGUCGGCCUGCUGCAGAGCGUCACGAGAACGCUGACGGCAGCCCUCGCCGAGCAGCCCGCCGACGCGAAGGUGACGCAGCUCGGCGCGAGGAAGCUGGUGCGGGAGGCAGUGGCGCGGGCGGUGCUGAGCGCGGCACGGCCCGGGCGAGGCGGCGGGGCCGAGCGCGAGGCGAACGAGCUCGAGGCCAGGAGAGCGGCGCGGGGCCUCAGGGAGCUGGAGCGGGCCAGCGGCGCCGAGGCGGAGGAGGAGGACGGGCUCGGGCCGCACGCGGGCGGCGCGGGGGGCGCCGGCGGGCUGGCCGAGCGAAGGGCCGAGCUCGAAGGCGGAGGCCCUGCUCGGGAGGCCGAGUUCCAGCCGCACCCGGCCGCCGGGGCGGAGCACGAGGCCGGCCAGGCAUUCCAGAAGGUCAAGAGCAUCGGGCAGGCCCUCGGCGCCGCCGAGCUCGUGCCGAGGCUCAGCGAGGCCGUCUGGGGCCAGCUGGGAGCCGUGUGGGCCGAGGCCUCGGAGGGCGUCGUGGUGGCUGGCCGGGAGCCCGAGAUCGCGGCGGCCCUGCUCGAGCUCGCGGGUGCGCUCACCGAGGGCCAGCUGCCGCACGGUCGCAGCGGCGCGCCCCAGCGCACCCGCGCGGGCCGCGCGCUUCAGCUGGACACCCUCGCGAGGGCUCCGGAGGGCCUCGCCCCUUGAGGCCACUGUAAUUCGUGCCAGGCCCGGUCUCGCUACCCGUGCGGUUUCAGCUGACCAGAUCCGAGCACCCAGGGAGCUCGCCUCACGACCCCUCCUGGUCCACCUCCUCCCUCCUGCUCAUCCAGCCUCACGACCUUCACUGCCAGGAAGGGGCCCGUCCGUGCCUUCCGCAGGCGACACCGUGUAGCAGAGACGUGAAGGGUCAGGCUCGCUGGUGA